AUGGGUCGGACAGAGAUCGUCCCGAAACCGCAGCGCGGCACCUGGUGGAGGAACUGCUGCCCAAACAAGGGAGAGGUGAUCGUCCGCGAGCAGUUCCUCCUCACCUCGGAGGAGAUCACACGCGUCCCGUAUGGUCAGUACGUCUUGCAGGCUGGUCCCCUUGAGGUCUUCGUGUCUGGCCCUGCACAAGGCCUCCAGCGCAUGCCCGUGCAGCCGCGGGGUUGGGUCACCGUGGAUGCGACGGCCGUGGGCGGACCUCUCUACUUGGUGGUCUUUUCCAGCGGCUCCACAAAGGGGGACAUUGUCGUCAGGAAAGGGGUGUCGCUGGACAGCGACGAGGUGGCGGUUCUGACUUGCGGGACGGUCGUGGACCAGGCUGCCCCUCUGGAGGAGACGGAGGAUGGCAUCGUCCGGAUGAACGUCUCCUUCCCAGAGAACGCAUCCGGCAGAGAGCCCUCCUCCUCAUCGCGAACUCGCAGCGGUUGGGUGACCUGUGAUGCAACUGCGCAGGGUGGCCCCAGAUUCUUUGAGCCCAUCGACCCGCACGACACCUCCCAGAAGCCUGCGAAGGCUGACCAUCCAGAUCAGGGUGGAGCUGAAGAUGGCGCCUGGGAUUCCAACCGAACUUGGCGCGUGAUCAACCUCCAGGAUCCCAAGGACCUCGUGGUCGUCAACAAGCCCGAGCCGUUUGCACCAGGAUCUGGAAGGACCCCUCCCCCCGAGAUGCUCCUGAGGCAUCUGGGAAAUGGGGACGUGGUGUAUCAGGUCGGCCACUCCAAGAAAGUCCGGGGAUACAUGGUGAUGCCCAUCCGAAUCGAGCAGGACGAGGGCUGGGUGGUUCGUCGCCUUGUCGACCGGAACCGGGAUCAUGGCUACCAGGUGCCGUGGUUCGAGGAGAUCGUAAAUGGCGAGCCGCGCGAGAAGCGGAAGCAUCGGAAUCGAGAUCGGGACCCGAGCUUUCUCCUCUCUCAGCCUUUGCAGUCGUGA